AUGUGGCUGCGGAGUUUGUCUUACACUUUCUACUUAUUGAAAGGGACCAACAUCACCAAGGGAAGCAGCAGCAAGAAAAAACCGGCUUACAUUUUGAUCCCGCUGCCUACCACCAAGGUGUUGUUUGACUUAUCCUCAAACAAGUUCCACAACUUGAAGAAACAGUUGUUCCUGUUAUCCAGCAAGAUCGACAAAACCAAUGAUGACUUGAAGGGAAACACCACCAUCCUCCAAGCCGCCGAUGCGAGUGACAGAGUGGUGAUCAUGGAGUUCAUUGUCAAACAUGAUGCCUAUGGCAAAGGGCUCAAGCAAGAGUUGGGGCAGAGAUGGUGA